AUAUCUAUAGCUAAAUGUACAUAAUAUGUAUUACGUAGGUACGUGCUGGACGUUCAAAUGUAUAAUUACCAACGCAUUAAGAAUAGGUAUAGGUAAUAUUUCUUUUUAUUAAUUCAACGCAUAGGUUCUAUAAGUAAGCAAACCAGUCGAAGGUAGAAAAUGCAAAUUACCUUACGGUGUAUAAUAUGGUAGGUACUAUGAGCAUCCAAUAUUGGAAUGAUUUGAUGGCACGAUAGUAUAGUGUCGAAAUACACGUGCUCGUAGUAGUUAGUUCCUCGAUUGAAGUGAUUUCAUCGGUAGUGUCGCGAGUUUUGAGUAAACAUGUCUAGAAAUCGUUUACGUUUCUUGAAAGAUGUCACGAUUGAGCCUGCAACCACGUUGUACUUAGCGAUCUAUCUCAUAAUGGACAUCACUAGCACAAAUUUAAUGCUGCAGAAGGUAUGUCGAUUUAAUGCCACAUCCGAGCCAGACUUAAAUACACGAUGCGACGAUGAAAAAAAAGGAAUCCUGUUCGCAUCCCAUGUGAAUUCAACUUACCGUACCGUGAUGUUCUUCCUGUGCAAGAUUAUCACUGUAUUUGCCAUGUGCUGGAGCGACGAAGCUGGUCGACGUCGAAGACCAUUGAUCUAUUUGCCCAUUUUCGGACUAAUCCUGCAAUCGGUGAGCGGUUGCGUGAAUUCUUAUUAUUGGCACUGGUCCCCCCACAUUGCAGCUUUACUCAAUGUGAUCGCUGACAUUAUCACUGGAGGCGGAUCUCUGAUGACGAUCGCUUAUCAGACGUAUGUAUGCGAUGUAUCAGAUGCAGACAGUCGUACAAUGAGGCUGGGUAUUUUCCUAACUUUUAAAACUGUUGGCAAUUUGUUAGGGUUUGGCGCUGCUGGAUAUAUACUUCGAAGUAUCGGGUUCUUUUACACGUACCUAUUGUGUUUCAUUUUAUCGCUGAUCACGUUGCUGUCGGCUUUGAUUUUUGUCAAAGAUGUGUCUGUUCCAGUUGAGAAAAAGAUGCGUGUUUGGAAUUUCUUUAAUCUGAUGCGAAUCGUGGAUAGUUUCAAAGUUGUGUUUAGCAAAGAUGUUGGCAAGAAUAGGAUUGUUGUGCUGAUGCUCGUGAUUAUCUUUACUUUGGUCUUCUUCACUACUCAAGGUGAGAAAGAUAUUUUAUAUUUAUUCUUAAGAGGUAAAUUCAAAUGGCAAGAGAAGCAGUUCAGUUUUUACGUAAUUUACAGAUACACUGGUGUGAUUAUUGGAAGCAUGUUUUGUUCGAUUGUAAUGAGUAAAUAUUUAAACAUGCACGAUGGUUUGAUUGGAAUUAUUUCCGGCACCAUGGACACAAUUGCAGCGAUUGGAUAUCUAAUUGCAAGCGAAGAGUGGCAUCUUUACGUUGUUCCAUUGUUCGAUGUAUUCCACGGCACUGCAAUGACAGUCAGCGUUUCUUUUUAUAGCAAAUACUACAAGAACGACGAAUUUGGGCGUCUGAACUCUGUGGUAGGAAUAUUUGCUUUGAUCAUGCCGGCAAGUCGGCCAGCUUACAAUGUAAUUUUUCAAAAAACUCUGGAUUACUUUCCAUCGGCACUUUUCCUUCUCAGUGUAGUAUUGGAUGUAGUUAUUGUCUUGUUGUACUGCGCAUCGUAUACUUUGAGUAAAAAAUUAGAAAAACAAAAACCAAUUGUAAAAGAAGAAUGUCCAAUGUUGACGACAAACCGGGAAACAAAAAUAAACUAGAACAAAGAGACUGAAGAAAUAAGACUGAUUACAUUAAAUUUUAUGAAUGCUCGUUGUAAAAUGAUCUGAUGAUGAUGAUUAAUUGAUGAACAUUGUUUUAUAUAAUUAUUACUUAUAAGUGUGUAAAUUGAUACAUACCUACCUGUACCUACUUAAUGAAUCAAGUUAUUUGAUACCUAGAAUAUUUUUAUGUAAUUGUCAUAUGAAACUCUGGUCGCUGGACUGAACUGAAUGCAGAAAUAAAGACGAAAGAAGUUUUAUUUUUAGAUCUUUCCAACCAAUUUUAUGAGGUAUCCAACUAUUUAUAUGGGUAAAUAAUCCAAGAUAAAAUGUACGUUUAUACCAAUCUGUAAGUACUUAUCUACUUACUCGAAAAAUGCACUUAUAGAGUACCUAGGUAUAUUGUUUCUUUAUUACUGGUAAUUUUUAAAAUUAAUUCACUCGUUUAAGAGUUGUGAGUAUAUCAGUGUGGCUAUUAUUUUUAAAUUUUGAAUAUGUAUUUGAUCAAAGACCAGAAAAUUCAAAUUACAAGUUGCAUUUUCGUGAUGUUUUUAUUCAAAUUUUUAGAAAAUUAUUACUGACGUACACUAAGUAUAUUUUUUUGUUCGAAAUUUCAACCGAUUCGAAGUUCUUAUUCAGCUAGGUAUUAGAACUUUUCAUUGUGCAAAAUAAAAGGAUUCAGAAUUU